AUGGAUCAUGAUUCAUGGUUGAAGUUCUUGCACAUAGACUUUGGAAGUGGAAAUUUGUUAUUGGGGCGUGUUAGCGAUGUUUCUUGUUUUUUAGGCCUGUUCUUCUUGUUUAGUUUAGGGUUCAGGCGAUUGGAAUCCGAUCAUGGAGGCGUUUUGAGUGUGUUAAAGAGUGGAUUUGAUUUUAAGUCUAUUUUUAAUGAAAAAUCCAAUUCGAAGAUUUUAUCUUGCAUUAGUAGAAUAUUGAGUUUCUUGAAAAGGCCAGAAGGACGAAAAACUGGGAGUGGUGAUGAUGAUUCUAAUUGCUGUGAUGGCGAUGAAGAACUUGAUGUUAUGGACUUGAGGAACUUGGUGAAGAUUGAAAGGGACAGAGCAGAUGCUGCGUGUAUGGAGCUUGAAAAGGAGAGGUUGGCGGCUGCCUCAGCUGCUGAGGAGAUGAUGGCAAUGAUUUUACGCGUUCAGAAUGAGAAGAGCUUGGUUGAAAUGGAGGCUAAACAGUACCGGAGACUGGCCGAGGAGAAACAGCUCCAUGAUAAAGAUGUUAUUCAGUCCCUGAAGUGGAUUGCGGUAAAAUAUAAGACAGAAAAGAAUUGGUUGGAAGGUCAGGUAAGGUUAAUGAAACAAAAGCUGAAGCUAGACUCGGAAGAUGCUGAAGAGGAUCAAUUAGAAGGCAUCGGUGAAUCUCCAUCUUUUCGCGGUGCUAGUUGUGGAGAUGGUUUUGAAGAUGGGCUCAUUAGUUCCCUUGACAGUGGUUUGUGA